UUUAAAAAUUUAAAAGUUAACUGUGAUGAGACAUUCUGAAAAAUAUAAGGACCAUUCCUUCUUCAGUACUUCCCAGGAGAGAGACGAGAUGAGGUAUAAUGACGAGAUUUAUUACUUGAGGACCCAAAAUCAGAAAUAUGAACAUAUUAAUAAUGAACUUCUAAUGGAGAGGAAUUUGUAUGUAGAGAAAUAUAAAUAAUGCAGAGAAAGCCAUACAAGAUCUUGAGAGGAAAUUAGAGAAGGAAAAGGCUAAAAAUUCUGAUUUAAAAUAAACUCAUCAAAUCUUCAAGGCAAGAUCUCAAGUCCUUGCAAGAAAUUUCAGAAAAUUUGAAGAAACAGUUGAAUUUAAUAUGUGAAAGGCCAAAUUCACGUCGUCAACCACUUCAGCCAGUACCAAAGUCGUCAAAGAAACUUCAUCGUGAGAAUGAGAUGCUGAAUAAAGAAAAUCUUCACUAUCAGUCCAAGCUCCAUGCAGCUGCUCAAGAGAUGGAGAAGUACCGGGAGGAGAUUAAUAAAUCCAUGUUCGAAGUGGACCUGUACAAGAACCAAGUGGAAAGGUUGACUAACCUGACUCAGAGUCAGGAGAAGGUUCUUUCUUUCGUAAAUCCUCCAGGAUCAAACUUAGACUAUAGUAUGAGAAACAUGUCACCUCACUCUCUAGUCCAGGAUCCCAGAGACUAUGUUCCUGAGACUGAGGAGGAAGAGGAUGAGGAAGAAGACCAUCCUUAUGGGCGACAAGAAACUAUAUCUGAAGAAGAGUAUCAUAACUACGAAGGAUAUAAGAACCAAUUUUCUCAACAAGCUUAUGAAUAA